AUGCCGCUCGGUAGCGUGGAGUCACACCUCUUCUCACGGGUGAUGGCGCCCCUGGCGUGGGCGACGAGGAUGAAGAUCACGCUGGGCGUGGUGAGGGGCCUGGCUUUCCUCCAUGAGGCCGAGAAGCCCGUCAUCUACCGCGAUUUCAAGACCUCCAACAUCCUCCUCGACCAUGACUUCAACGCCAAGCUCUCCGACUUCGGCCUCGCCAAGGAUGGCCCCGUCGGCGACAUAUCCCACGUCUCCACCCGCAUCAUGGGCACCUACGGUUACGCCGCCCCAGAGUACAUCAUGACAGCGAUUAGGGCACCUGACGGCGAUGAGCGACGUGUACAGCUACGGGGUGGUGCUGUUGGAGCUGGUUACGGGGCGCAAGUCACUGGACAAGUGUUGGCCGAUGCGGGAGCAGACGCUGGCGGACUGGGCGUUGCCGAUGCUGAUGCACAAGAAGUAGGUGUUGGGGAUCCUAGACCCAAGGCUCGGCUCCGACGACUACCCCGUCAGGUCCGUGCAGAAGGCGGCCAUGCUCGCGUACCACUGCCUCAGCAGCAACCCCAAGGCGCGGCCGCUCAUGCGCGACAUCGUCGCCUCCCUCGAGCCGCUGCAGCAACUGGAGCUCGUGCCCGCCAACUUGUGAUCCUCAUUUCAAGUUUUAGUCCAGGCCUUGCUGGUGUUGUCAGAUCCAUCGCCUCUACUUCAGCUCAUAGAAGCAGACUAGAAUUCAUGUGA